AUACUUUAUACUUAAAAAACACUUACACUUAAAAAAUACUGCUAGAAUAUGAUUAGUAAAAAAAAUCUUUAUCUGGUAUAAAUUGUAUUCAUUAACCUUCAGGAAUAAAAUACAUUUUUUUUAAUAAUAAUUUUCAUGUGUGUGUAAACUCACUGAGGAAAUAAUAAAAGCUAAAUAUAAUAGGAAAAUGGCUCAGUUUUCCAUUUUGCAUUUUGAUAUUCAUGUUGUAUGUUACUUUCAUUAAUUGAAUAACUCAAUUAAUAAAAAUACGACUUAACUCGGCGAGCUGUUAUAAAAAUAUUUGUUUACGUGUAUAGUAAAUAUUUAAACAAAUUUUGCGAUUGUGAGUAGAGUGCCAACUUUUUAUUGGUUUUAAGCCAAAAAACGUAUAUUUUUCCUAUAAAAUAGUACAACAAUUUGAUAUUCAUAGAGUAAACAAUUAAGAAGGAAUGAGUAACGACUUAAGUUCAGGGUAAUUAGAUACAUACUCAUCAUUAAAGUCUUUAGUCAAUACAAAUAAAGAUUGAUUGUUCUCUGAUAAUAUCCUUAUCUGGAGUGUUAAAGUUCAUAUUAUCGCUUCCUGCUUCCUUAAUGUUUUAUUUAUAAACUGUUUUGUAUGAUUUUUAGUAGGUACCUAUUACUUAUCUUCUUGCGGAAAAAUUAUACUUGUAAACUUAUCCAAACAUUGUGGUCGUCUAGAGCGUAUUUUUGAUUUAUUUAUUGGUUGCAAACGUAAUUAUUAAAUUCUAUAUUAAUACGAAUUUAAAUUAAAUUAUAAACUACUUUUAAAUCUUAAACCUCGUCGAUAUAAUAUACAUUAAUAUGUACCAAUAAAAAUUACAAAUAAUAUAAUAGAGCAUAUUUCGUGCUGCGAAUUUUGUCGAUCGGUGAUAUUGUUAUGUAAUAGUGAAGCAUUAUAAAUUAAAAAUGUAACGCGUGUUAAAUUAUGCAGAGGCGUGAUACGGUCUUCGUAACAGUUUCAUUGACUGGAAUGACGAAAGUUGUACGAAGUAGAGAUCGGGGGCGAAUAUUGAUUAAGGGUAGCUCUGCGCUUGUGUGCGCACACCCCUCGCGGGCGGGCGCCGGGCGGUGCGCGAAAUGUGCGUGUCAUGUGCCCGCGGGGCGAGUCAGGACGUCCUGUGUGGAACGUACCUACGUGCACUGCACACUUCCACCGUUAUCUAGUUAAUUGGCGAGCAAACGCGUUUCCAGUGAGAUGUAAGGCGAUCCGCCGCGACGGAACUCGGGUGCCGGCCGCGAUGGCACCGUGAAAAUCAAUAAAUCUCCCAGUGGAACUCGCGUAUUGCAUGCGACAUUGACUGUUUAGUACUCGUAUCAGAUGCAUACGCCGCGAGUGACCGCGCAGUGUACUUCCCUUCCAGCGGGAUCCGACGGCCGCUGAGGCGGGCUCCCGAUGUUCAAUCACAAGUUGCCGUCUGACUUUCCAAUGCAAACCCUCCGUAAGAAAACCAGCCCUUGCAAAUAGGGUGUGUUGUGGGCCCCGGCGGUGGAGCGGUGCGGCGGGGGGACUAACUAACUUUAAAGUCGGUUUGUUCGGAAUAAUGCAGGUGUGUCAUUUCCAGCACCUCCUUCGGCAGUUCGUCAUUUAUGAACCUCUCGCAGACAAGAACGAGCCGGGCCGCUUCCUAGGCGAGGGGGUGUCGUUUCGCGCCAAACUUAUCGGUGUACUGGAAGUGCCCGAGGCGCGGGGGGAUAGGAUGUGCCAGGAAGCGUUGGCGGACUUGAAGAUGGCGAUACGGGCGGCGGGAGAGCACAAGCAGAGGAUACAGGUGCAUGUGGCUAUUGACGGGUUGAGGCUGCGCGAUGACAAGACUGGGGACUCGCUAUACCACCACCCAGUGCACAAGAUAUCGUUCAUCGCGCAAGAUAUGACGGACUCACGCGCCUUCGGCUACAUAUUCGGCUCGCCCGACACUGGACACCGGUUCUUCGGCAUCAAGACUGAUAAAGCAGCUAGUCAAGUAGUUAUAGCAAUGAGAGAUUUGUUCCAAGUGGUGUUCGAGCUGAAGAAGAAGGAGGUGGAGAUGGCCAAACAACAGCUAGAGGGCAAGAUUUUGCCGACCAGCCGACAUGUCACCGUCAUCACAGACACCAAAACAACCAAGAGUAUACCAACGCUGGGGGAAGCGAGUAUGACGAUUACGAAGCCGGAAGCUAAAGCGGAAGGCGGGGUCGCGGAGUUAGUGGACUUGGAGCAAGAGCUGUGCUCGCUGCGGAGAGGCCUCACUCAGGUCGAAGGCCUCACGCCCUCCACUGAUCCAUUCGGGGACUCCUUCAUCGUGCCUUCACUGAAGGGUCUACUCCCGCCGCCGCCCAGCGGACCGGCAGCUAGAGCGAGAUCCGCACCAACUCGGGCCCCGUUCAGUCCCAGCAAGCCAGCCUUGACCUUCGACCUCACCAACGUCGCUGGAGACUUCGAACCCAAACCAGCCACGUUGGUCGAUGACUUGGCAGACCCUCCUGUGCCGCCCGCGCCCGCCGCCUACGACGUGUUCACGGAGCUCGACCCGCUCGGCACCGGCCGGAGUAAACCUUACGUUGACAAAAAACUCUUCUUUCAGGAGCUCAAAAACCCACCAAAGAAAGUGCUCAAAGACCUCGUACCGUCGCAUACCCUCCUAACGGAGAUCAUGCCCCCGGAACCGCCGAAACCGGAGGCCUACGGACCGCCCACCACCAUGACCUCCCUGUCCCGCCACUCGGGGGGCUCGGUCGCUAUCGCUAAGCCGGCCCAACCGAGCUUUUCGUCUAGUUUUUUCACGUCCGACCCGUUCGCGGAGACCGAUCCGUUCGACAACACCGACCCGUUCUCGGACACUUUCAAGGACGAUCCUUUUACGAGUAUGCAGGAGUUCCCGAAGAUCAGCUCGUUGCGAACGGAGGACUUGAGGAGCAAGAUCAGCAGGGAACUGAUGCAGGACAAGCCAGAGCCCAGCUUGGAUAUAGGGAAGAAUGUGUUCAACGGUCCGUUACAAGUGUCGUUGCCUCCGGAGCCGGCGCCCAAGUCGCCGCGACUGGCGCGACAGAACACAGACACGAGCACAAUAAGGCAACGCCCUCAACCCCUAUCCAAGCUGAACCCCGAGAACUCUUCGCCGCCGCCCCCAUUACCCCCCAAGAAGGUUAGCGACGUGACCAUGAUGCCCCCGCCACGGCCGCCGCAUGAUCACGAGGAAACUGAAGGCUCGGAGACCCCACCGCUUCCUAAGCCUGCAAGGAAGAAGGAACCGCUAGCGGAUCGCAGUAUGAAGCCCCGCCAGUCGUCGCUAGCCACCACCAGCAGCGAGGACGAGUACCUCACCCCCGCCCCGCCUCCCCUGCCCACCGCCAAACGGUUCGACAUCACCCUCUGCCAACUGCUCACGCUCACUAUGGACGAACUCGCCGCCAGACUUCGGGUACCUGCAGCCACGCUGUCAUCGAUGACCCUACCACAACUAACCAGUUACCUCAGAAACUACGUGGCAACAGAAAACGAGAAAGCGCAUGUACACGUGGAUCCAACGUUACGACCAGAGAAAAAAAUUACCCCCAUAACACCGACGCCUAAAUUAUCAGAGAAACCACUCUCAGUAGCGCCAAUAACCACAGAGUUUAAACCUCAGUUUGAAGAUAACUUCGCUCCAACAGAAAACACUGACACUUUUGUGGCGAAUUUCGACGAUUUUGAUAAAAAGGCAAACUCCUCCUACGACAAAUACGCAGCUUUCCGAGAAAUACAAGACCAGGAAUUGAAAGCUAAAUCACUAUUAGACCCUAUAGAAACGGACACUAAACUCGAAGACGAUAAUGAGUUAACCAUAAUUGAGAAUCUAAUUAAAACUGAAGAACAAAAGAUAGAAGAGCGAAAAGAAUUAGACAAAAGCCCGUUGAAAAGCUUAGACGAAUUGACGAUAGAUUCCUUCAAUAUGUUCAGGAAUUCAGUCAGCCCUAAACCGAUAGACGCAAAAAUCGAAGACAUAAAGACUGUUAUGAAGAAUUUACAAAUAGAAAGGGCGAGACGAAGCGUAUCGCCGCGCGAUAAUGGCGUCACUGAGACAAAAUCAGAAGACUCAAAUGAUAAAUAUGCUGCAUUACGUGAAAUCACUAUAACGGAGCCCCCUCAAGAAGAGUUUGAAUCGAUACCACCCGAAGUGCCGAAAGAACGAAAGAAAUCGGACGAGAAAUCUGAUGGUUUUGACAAUUCGGAUUUCUUUGAUUGUAUCGACAACAGUUCGCUCUCUUUCAAUGUCGAAGACGCAUUCAGAAAAAGUCCAGGUGUAAAAGAAAAAGAAGAGGAGAAAAAGGUUGAGGAGAUAAAAGAGAUACCGGUAGAAAUUAUUCCAGCGCGAGAUUUGCAGCCUCCGAUGCGGCUAUCUGCGGGAUCCAUAAGCGAUGUGCCUAGUGGAUCAUCUCCUGACACUAAAGGUCCAGUGCUUGCCGUGGGCGGGCUGACUAGACUCGGCUGGACCGAAGGCUGGUCGUCCGAUUCAAGAGAAUCGGAACCGCGUCAGAGACGUCGACGCACGCACAAUAGGGGACCUUCUGUACAAACAUCGUCAUCGUCUCGAGACGUGUCACCGUGGGAUGAGGAGCCACCAAUCGCAAGGCUGGCGCGACCUCCUUCACACCGAGAUCGCGACUCAAGACACAAUUCAUCGGGCUCUAGAGAAUGUCUCGACUCGGGCAGUGGAAGAGAGAAGGAGAAAAUUAGAGACAAACGUGGCAGUCGAGAUAGAGAUUUAAACAGAGACGGAAGGGAGUCGGCUAGAGACAGAAGAGACUCCGGCAGCGGUAGAGACAGGCGUGAAGUCAGCAAAGAGCGAGAUCACAGGGACCAUAGAGAAAGCAGAGACAGGCGGGACCGAAGGCGAGACAGAGACAAAGAUACAUGGAGUAGAGACAGGAAUUAUAGUAGAGAAAGAGAUUAUAGAGAUACGAGGAGUAGAGAUAGAUCAAAGGAUUAUAGAGACAUUGAUCGCCAUAGAAAACCACGGCAUUCUUACGACGAAGAAGAUUACAGUGACGGCUGUGGGUCGGGCCGGUCGUCCCCGCGCGAGCGAUGGCCCGACCAGCGGUGGAGGAGAGACGAUAGAAAUUACGGAUCUCUCGGAUGGAGGGAAACUAGGCGAAGAAACGAACUGAGGCAAGGCGAGGAUCCGAACGAAAGGAGAUAUGGAUCAACACUCGGUUGGCCGGGGCGACGGUCCGCAACGGUCGCAUCACGACGGGAAGCUGAAAGAGAGUUAAGAGAAUCCCGGGAUUCUCGCGAGGCGCGAGAUUCUGGCCGGGACUCGGGGAGAGACUCCCGCGAUCCACGAGACUCGGGCCGCGAUUCCCGAGACGCGCGGGACUCAGGACGAGAAUCCGGAAGGGAUUCCCGCGAUCCGCGAGAUUCGGGGCGGGAUUCGGGACGCGAUUCCCGGGACCCGCGUGAUAGCAUCCGCGAUUCCCGGGACGCGAGGCGGAGGCGGAGGGAGGAGCCGAGGACGAGGCCGCGGGAUUAUCGGUUCUCAAACGACUUCUCUCCUCGAGAGAGGGAACACACGUCUCCCUUCGAUAACGACUUUCAAGAUUCUCCCUCUUUGAACGUGAAGAAACGAGCGCCAUACUCCACUUUGGACGGAACCAGAUUCGUGUUUGAAACGGAGGACACAACAGCGUCCCCCCUAUCGGGGAGUUCGGCGAGAGCGCGCGACGGGGACUCUCCUGCGACACGAUUCCGAUUCGACUCCGAUUCGUUGUCGCCCCGGUCUAUGUUCGAGGACGACUUCACCACAAUCUCUACCCCUAGAGGGCGAACGGCGUCGAUCGCGGAGGAGGAGGAGGGUGACCUGCCCCCUUUAAGGGCGAAACCCCAAAACGCUCCCGUGCAUAUUAAAAAGUCGGACUCUGUGAACAUUUUCUCUAGGGAAGCCGAUCCUUUUGAGGGUGAUGCGUUUUUCGCUUGCACGGGAUCUGACCGCGUCGCUCGGAGAGAGAACUGGCCGGGGGAUUUUCAAGGGUUUGAUAAUACAUGAACUGUUAAAGUCCGUUUCGUCUUGUAAUGUCAUUUGGGAAUUUUCUAUAUUACCUAAUACGGAUAACGACGUUUUUUUAGAGUCGUUUAGGAGAUUUCGCGUUCCGGGACCUGUAAUGUUACCGUCGGAUAAGUUACGUUGCGUCCGAACUGAUAAUUCGGGUAUUUUAUACUGUAUUUCCUGUCAUUAUACGCUUUAUAUUAGCUUCACUUGUAAAAGAAUGAAAUCAUAAUUUGACCCACUUCCCGGUCUUCGUGUAGGAUGAAAUUUUGCACACGCUCUGAGUUCUGAUGACAAUACGUGACUAGCUAAGAAACAUUAUUACAAAUCCAAUAUGGCGGCCUUCCCAAAGUGGCGGUCUGGCUGUUUGAAAACCACCCCCAUGAUAUGGAUAUCAAAUGAAAAGGUUUGCUGUCAGGAAUACGAAAAAAAUAGUUACGUGAAUUUUUAGUGUGUGCUAAAGCGUGUUUUUUUGUUUUUUUAACUAUUUAAAGUUGUUUAUAUUUCUAUAUACGGUGGGUAUAGACGUUUAUUUGUAUGUGUCUGCCUUGGGCGCCUAAAAUCAAUUGAUUUCAAUUCCUUAAAAAAUCGAAUGAUGUAUCGAAUAAUCAAAUAUUAAAUAUGACAAAUUAUUUUUUAGUUGAUAAAAUGACGAAUUCGUUUUAUAGUUAUAAUAUAAAUUAUUUUGAGUGUGUUAAAUGGAAUCUCAAAGUAGACCUUUAUAUGUUUUAAAAGGAAGUCGUUGUACCUUCCAUCCUUAAAAAAAAUGGGAGAAUCUGGAUAUAAGAAUGCAGGAAACUCGUAAUUUGUAACUUAGAGAUUUGGAUGUCGAAAGAGACCUCCCCGUCAAAGUAAGUGUAUCAAUAACACUUGUUUUGUUUGACGGACAAAUUAUUUGUUGAUGUAAAUAAACUAAUCGACAAAUCGUAUAGGUCGCUUUCAGAAAUGAUUGGAUCUGAAGUCAUUUAGAUAUGUUAUUUGUUUUUUGGUUUCCGAAGUUGCGGUGUAAAAAAAGAUUGGUUAACUUUAUCCUUCUUGAACACCGAAUUACCAUUUUUGGAAUUACCACUAUCAUUACUUUUUUUUUGUUAGGUUAUAUUUAUUUGUUGACUCUUUAUCUGUAGGCCUAAAAUACGCGAGACUAUUUCGAGACGAUUAGGAAGACAAAUGUCGGCGACAGAAUACAUUACAAACAAAAAGUCGAGUACUGUUAGCAAAAGAGCCUUACCUAAGAUAUCUUGAAAAUACGGCUUGUUUCACUUUGAAUUAUUUGACUUCCCGGGAACCUGGGUUUUAAAAAUAUACACAUAUAUCGGUUCAGACGCAACUUAAUAUACCUAGUUUUAUAAGGAAUGAAUGUCCAAUGAAAUUCAAUCACACCGAUUGAAAUAUAUUUGUACGAAUGAAGUCAAAUUAUAAUAAUAUAAUUUUGAAAAAAAAAAAACGCUUGUUAAAAUAAUUUAUUUAUUGUUUUUACCAUGAUAAUCGUAAUAUAAUGUAUAGUUGUUUUGUCGUGUAUAAUUAGGUAUACUCGUAAUAUGUUAUCUAAUGCCUACAAAAUACUCGCUAUGUUGUAUGUAGUUUUUCUUUUAUAUGAAUUUGCGUGUACGUCUGUUUUCUUUACGCCUAGUUAUUAAUUUUGCCAUUAAAUUAUGAACCUUAAUUAAAGAAGACUAGGGUAUAUUUUUAAGGAUCUCAGUAUAUUAAACCAUACAUUUUAAUUCACUAACUACCUUUAAGAUUAAGAUUUAAGUGAUUUAUUUAUUAUGAAAUUUAUUAUUGUAAUAUAUUAAGUUGUAUGAUUUCAAUAGAAGCUGUACAAACUGUGUAGAAAUUAAAACUUUUACUUAAGUUAUUUGUUAAAAUACUAAACUGACUCAAGGAAUCGAUUAGAUUUUGUAUGUUAAACUAAAUGAGUUUUUUUUUAAUUUAGAAUGAUAUGUGAGCGAGCGUGUGGCAUAGAAAGCCGUUUAUCAUUCAUCUGUGACAGGUUGAUAUGUCUUGAAAAAUUAACAGUUAGUUUCUGCUGUGCUGGCCUUCCUUUAGUUAAAACACAAAUAUUUGUUCUAAGUGUUUCUCGUUACGUUAUUUUUAUUAUUUUCUUUUUUGUAAUUCUGACAUCGAUCUCCUAUUAAAAAGUAGAUGCACAAUCAGCGACCAAAAGACGUCCCCACUCAAUGAGUGCCAAACACAACUUCUUGGCACUCAAUUCAAGUAAUCGCAUUUGCAAAUUCAACCUUGAACUCAAUCCUUAAGGUUGAAUUUGCUCUGAAUUUGGGAUUUUAUCUAAUAUUGGACUAUAUUUAAAGGCCUUUAAUUUAAUAAUUUUCUUUACCAAUAAUUCUAAAACUGUCAAAGCAAAAUUGGCCAGUUUUUAAGUGACAUUUCCUACAUGAUUGUGCGUCCUAUUAUUAUAAGAGGUCAAUGAUUUCUGAUGACUUUAUUGUAUGCCGUAAGUAAUUGUUUCGAAUUGUUGUUAAUACAAGGGGUCUGUUUUAGAAUAGUUAUUGUACCUUAUCAACUGCUAUGUUUUGUACAGUUUCUAUAUAAUAUUUUCAUAAUUUUUGUUAUGGGAGUAGUGCAGUGUUUGGCAGACAUUUUGUUGCGGCCAAUACAAGUAUAACUUUAAAUUAAAAUAUAAUCUAAGAUACGAAUUAGAAGCACUCAUCCCUGUUAUUUAGUGAUUUCAGUAAGUGAGUCAGUCAGUCAUAAAAGUUACCAUACUUUAUACAAAGAAUAUGUAUGAUUAUUUAAAUAAAGUAUUUAAUUUAUUAUGAAAUUCGGCUAAAACUCACGUAGUACAACCUCAAAGUAUGCCCGAUUAGUUUCGAACCCAUACCGGGCCCUUAGUCAUGAGCUAGUUGCAAUAACGCGCGCGCGCGAUGCGCGUUGCAAGAACCAGCUCAUGACCUGACUAUGGACCUCAUAUGGAUUCGAAAUUAGUCGGGCAUACUCCGACGUUGUAUUUCAUCAGUUUUAGCCGUGUUUCAUAAUAAAUUAAUUUGAAUAACAUUCACGAUAGUUUAAAUUAUAAGACAAAAUUACCUACUUGUAUUACUCACAAUUAUAUUUUCCAACGGUUAUUAAUUUACGUAUUUUUUGUUUAAAAUAACUGUGUAUUGGAAUUUUUUAAAUAUUCUUUUUUAUACUAUGAUUUAGUUUUUUAUUUAUUUAUGUUUAAAUCAAUAAUUAUUUGGAUAAUUAUUGAAGAAAACUAUUAUAUAAAACUCCAAGUAAUCUUAUAUACUAUGUAUUAUACAAUAUAUUAUUAGUAAACUAUACAACUAUAAUAUAUUCUGUACCACAAUUAUUGAUAAUACAUAUUUUUAUGGAAGUAAGGUGAAUUGGGGUUUCAAUUUCAUGAACUAUGUUAUUAUUUAUUACCUAUUUAAAAACAAAAUUUUAUAAUGAUUGUUUGUUAGGGUCGACACAUAUCUACGGGCACAAGCAACUAACUAAACCCUAAGAAAUUACAAGGGCUUAGGCGACAAUUGAUUUUCCACUAUAUUUCAAUGCCAGUAGUUUCAAAUAAAAUAGUUUGAUAGUAACCAAUCACCUCGCCAAGACGCCAAGUAUGCACCGACCCUAAGAGCGAUAUGACAGCGUGCCUGUAAAUAGUAGUAAUUUAAAAAUUCUCACUUAUUUCACUACACUAAAAGAAUAAAUGGAGCAUUAGAAUACUUUAUUUCGUGAAAUCCAUACCAUCUACUCGUGUAUAUAUAUAAAAGAAGUCAUUUAUAACUCAAGAACGGCUGGACCCAUUUUGCUGAAAAUUGGUGGAGAGAUAGCUUAGAACCAGGAGACGGACAUAGGAUACUUAGGGGAGGUAGGGUUUCACGCGGAUGAAAUCGCGGGCGUCCGCUAGUUAAUAUUAUUAUCAAAAUCAAUUUUUGUAGUAAUUUUGACGUCUUUUCGUUUAUAUAUGUAGAAAAAGGCGAAAUCUAAAAGGAAGACAUUAUUUUGUAAUACUACAUUUAUUUUUGGGGCACAAAUCAUGAAUUGUUAAAUUAUAAAUAAUUUGUAUUUAACUAAAUGUUUUUCGUAUGCUGGCAUAUUAUAAACUAAUGACUGAGUUUUUAAUUGAUUUAUAGUUAAAUUAAAUAUUCGCUUGGUUGUUAUCUAUAUUACUAUUAUAUCUGCGAAUAACCGACAACCGAAGGGAAAACGCCCUAUAGCCUGGGGCCCUCUUUAUGCUUUGUGGGGUACACUUUGAAACCAGAGCAUCCCCUAUAGCUCUAAAAUGUUCAGUAAAUGUUUUUUUCCCGGAUUUUCACGGACAAUAGCUAAAAGAAUCAUUAUUGUAUUUAUGUCAUGAAUUAAACUGUAUCCAUCUGUAAAAUCUGAAUUGUAUGUUUUUUAGUUGUCAUAAUGUUAUUCAAUUUAUAUUUAAAAUUUAUUAUGUAUUUCAUUAAAAUACUAUUAGUUAAUUAUUUUUUAAAUAGAAAUGUGAUGUAUGAAAUACCAGUCUUAAGUUAUAAUAUAUACUCCACUACAUAUAUAUUAUGUAAUUAAUUUUUCUCUGUAUAUAAAAUAAACUCAGACCAAUUAUUGUAUAGGACCUGCCUCGCUAGACUUUACUUUUCUGUCAAAGUAUAUGAUCAACGAUCUAAUGCGAUUAUAAAAACUGUCUCUAUAAUAUCGAUGUUAAAUAGUUGUAAUCGUGUUCGUCGGUUAAAGAGCUCCGUAAAAAUACUUUUUUGUGUAAUUGAAUUGUGUAAAAAACGGGCAUAAACUUCUAGUUUAGUAUAAGAUAUAUCAAGCUCGUUUUCUUCAGAAAAUGACAGACAAUUUUGUUCGUGACUAUGAGUGCGAUACAGGCCCUUCUAUAAUUGGUCUGAGAAAAUAAAUGAUAAAAUUUUCAAUUUUUUUUCUGUGAUAAAUUUUAUUAUCUUUAAUAACAAUGAUCACCGGAUCUACUUUAUGAUGUAAAAUGUAUUUCAAUAAAAUUAUUAAAAACUUAAUUUAAAUAAUA